AUGUCCUCCAUCACCGACGUGGACUCCUCCGCCGGUGAAAGCGACUCUGAUUGCUCCAUCGGCCUCUCCCUCGGUGCCGACUCCACUGCACAGAUUGAUCCCUCCAUGGCGCGCCACUACGCCGCGAUCAAUGUGCACGCCUACGUCCCGAUGAAGCUCGACUUCCGCGCCGACAACUUCUCCAAGUGGAAGGCGUGCUUCGAGGCCUUGUGCGGCACCUUCGAGUUGCUGCCGCACAUCGACGGGACGGCGCCUCCCGAUCCCCUCACUCCUGCGUGGAUCCAGGAGGACUGCUGCGUCCGCUCUUGGAUCUACAGCACCAUCUCCAAUGCCGUCCACGACUACGUCAUGGAGGCUGACCCGACGGCGUGCAAGCUCUGGGCCGGCAUCACUGCCCGCUUUCAAUCGAAUCAGGCACCCCGUGCCAUCUUCCUGAGUCAGGCCUUCAUGACCUUGACUCAGGGGGAUCUGUCCGUCGAAGCCUACGGCCAGGAGAUGAAGAAGGCUAGUGAUCGUCUUCGUGACGUCGGCAGACCCGGCGACGACUCCACCAUGGUGCUCAAUCUGCUCCAUGGCGCCAAUCCUCGCUUCAGCACCACCUAA